ACUCUCGCCAGUACGCGUUCAGCUCGCCGCUGUCAAGAGAGUGCGACUUUCGCGGAGCACCAGCUGCCGGGCUGCGUAUCCCCUCUCGAGAAUCCGGAACAACGCGCGAGGACCUCCCCGUGAUCGUCGCUCGGGCAGCACGGAGAGCACGGCGCCGGAGCCUAACUGUGUUCCACCUCGCGCGUAUACCCUUCACGUCCUUUCGGAAGGAGACGGACGGGUCGCGUCGUGCGAGUUUAUCCGCGAUCGCGCACACAUUCGACGGUGACUGUUAGCCGGCCGCUGCGGCCGCCGCUGCCGCCGGGAGGAUCCGUCAUCUCUCGUCUUUCCGGUCCUCGCGACCGGUCGCCAUCGACGUCGACGUCGACGUCGUUCGCGGCGUGCCGCGAGCGCCCGGGAACUGUGAAACUACUUCUGUAAGUAGCCGAGACCCCUCCGGGUGCAAUUUUGCGCCCUACGCGGAGGGAGCGAGAAACGGGAGACGGGACGGACGGACGUAGAGCCGCCGGAGAACGAGAGACGCGAUAACACGUAUCGUAUCUGUCGCCCGUUCACACGCACGCAUUUUCACGUACGCACGCACGCACGUACGCUCCCUCGCUCGUCUGUUUCUCGCGCAGCGGUGUGCCGUUUUGCUGCCGUCGUCUUUGUGGUCGUCCUGAUCGUCGUCGUCGUCGUCGUCGCCGCUACGCUGCCGGGAUCGAGAGAGAAGUCUCUCUUGCGCCGCGCGGCUCGAGCCUCGCCUAACUGCUCCACCUCCCGGAUCAUCCCGGUCGGAUCCCCGGAGCGGAUUUCUCUGCUCCUCUGCCGGAAACCGCUCUCUCGGAAUAUCGAUCAAAUAGUCUGAACCGCGUGAAAAAAACUAACUCCGGGAACAACGAGGCCGUGAGCGAAAGGGGGAUAGAGAGAACACGAGAGAGGCAGCGAGAGAGAGAAAAGGGGUAACGAGUGAGAAGGAGAUACGACGAGAGGAUCUCGACGUCAUCCAGGAUACGUGAAGGAGGCGCAGGUGAAUUGUACGGCUAAAUCGAGUGCGAGUGCGACGGUGAUUAGGGGUCCAUUCGCCCAGGUAGGGGACCGCUCGGUGCCGAUUGCCGUCAGUGCAGCUGCCAUCGGUGACGACGGAAACGACGAAGACGAAGACGGCGACGAGGAAGAAGUCGGCGGUGGUGGCGGAGGAGGAGGAAGCGGCGGCGGCGGCGGCGGCGGAGGAGACGGUGCCGGUGAUCGGAAAGGCGCUCCUUCCGUUGCCGGUCAAGCUGGUGUCAGUGGUGACAGUGCGGAACGUGUCGACGUUUUCGUUGCUCGCGUUUGCCGCGUUUCAGAAUUACUUUUGUGGUGAGCACGGCCACUACGACGGCUGGCGUGGAGUGUGAAGAGGACGACGGUAUUAAGGAGGCGCGCAGAAGAAGAAGGAGGAGGAAGAGAAGCGUGAGUCGCGCCGGGGAUCAUCUUGUCUUCUCCGUGGCGACGGGGCCGCUAUCUGGCCGCUGUUUAGCAGCAAGUGCGCGAAGAAGUGUGUGAGGGUGGCAUUUGUGAAGGCAACGUGUAGCAAGAUGGGCUGUGCCAUGUCCGCGGAAGAGCGGGCCGCUCUGGCUCGCAGCAAGCAGAUCGAGAAGAAUCUCAAGGAGGAUGGUAUCCAAGCGGCCAAGGACAUCAAGCUCCUGCUGCUUGGAGCGGGCGAAUCCGGCAAGAGCACUAUCGUGAAACAAAUGAAAAUUAUCCACGAGAGCGGCUUCACGCCGGAAGACUUCAAGCAGUACAGACCCGUCGUAUACAGUAACACGAUACAAUCUCUAGUCGCUAUUCUCAGAGCAAUGCCUAAUCUGGGCAUCAGUUUUUCAACCAACGAGCGAGAGACGGACGCAAAAAUGGUAUUUGACGUAAUUCAAAGAAUGGAAGAUACGGAACCCUUUAGCGAAGAAUUACUGGCGGCUAUGAAGAGGCUGUGGUCUGACAAUGGAGUACAGGAGUGCUUCGGCAGGAGCAACGAGUAUCAGUUGAACGACUCCGCGAAAUACUUCCUGGACGACUUGGAUCGAUUAGGAGCGAGGGAAUACCAGCCAACGGAACAGGAUAUUCUCAGGACCCGAGUAAAAACGACGGGAAUCGUGGAGGUCCACUUUUCUUUCAAAAACCUCAACUUCAAAUUAUUCGACGUGGGUGGUCAGAGAAGCGAGCGUAAGAAAUGGAUACACUGCUUUGAAGACGUGACUGCAAUUAUCUUUUGUGUGGCAAUGUCAGAAUACGAUCAGGUUUUGCACGAGGACGAAACGACGAACCGAAUGCAGGAGAGCUUAAAGUUAUUCGACUCGAUUUGCAACAACAAAUGGUUUACCGACACCUCGAUUAUCCUCUUCCUGAACAAGAAGGAUCUGUUCGAGGAGAAAAUCCGCAAGUCUCCUCUCACAAUCUGUUUCCCCGAAUACGCUGGUGCGCAGGAGUACGGCGAAGCGGCUGCAUACAUUCAGGCGCAAUUCGAAGCGAAGAACAAGUCGACCACGAAGGAGAUCUACUGCCACAUGACCUGUGCCACCGACACGAACAACAUUCAAUUUGUGUUCGACGCAGUCACAGACGUCAUUAUUGCCAAUAAUCUGCGCGGCUGCGGUCUCUACUAGGCUAAUUCUGUAUUCUACGUUAAGCGCAAACGGAGGAGGAAAUCGUUACCACGACACGGCUGGCCGGACGACAUUCUUCAGCGUGUUCGAGCCUCGUUUCGGUACCAUUUCGGCACGAGAAAGAGAGUGGAGAGAGAGAGAGAAAGAGAGAGAAAGGUACAGAUGGAGAAAGACGACCCCUUACGUUAUCAACGCUAAGCAGAACGUGGCGGAACGUUUAAGUUUGUCCUGUCUUUGCACUAACGAAUCUGAGAAGCCGGUGUCGUUAGUCGUUCGUGAUGUCGGUCGGAGAAACGGCACGAGGAAGAACGAUCGAUCACGCGUGUUCUAAGAACGAGACGGCGAGCCACCGUCGUUGGCUCCGACUCUCGGACGGGGCGAGGUGUCGUUUUGCAGGAAACGAGACCGAAGGCGAUCGGCGGCGGAUUCACCGGCAAAUUUCACGAUCUUAGUAUACGCAUUAGGGAAGGGAAUCUUAUUUGCGCGCUUGCGCCUUCACGAAAAAAAAAAGAAAAAAAGAAAAAAAAGCGUGGGUCCUGUGCUAAAGUGAGACGGAUCCAACGCUCCGCGAUUUCGCUCGAAAUAACGUCGCCGUAUCCUCCCGUCGACACGAGAGACCGUUGAGGCAUUUUUGUACCGUGAUCUUCGGCUUCGUUCUCGUUUCGCGAGAAACGCUCGAGCAUUCCAUGACGCUCUUCUGCGUAAAGAGUGAGAGUCAUGCGUGCGCGCCACGCACACACGAGUCGAAACCACAAUUUUUCCACAAUUUUCGCACACAGAGAUUUUACUAAGCGCACUCGGAGUUCCGUUUAUAUAUACACACAUGCAUACGCUCACCACGCUCAUAUAUUCUCUUACGUCUCUCCUUUCGUCGACACAUCCGCGCGCGAUCGGACGUACCGCUCCCGAGAGCGCCGUGAGUGUAUCCCCGGGAUUUGCACUUUGAUAAGUAGAGAGCCGUAGCUGCAGAGAGCUACGCGACGAAUUUUGUAACGUAGGAGAGUAACGUAUCGAUACCGCGAAGUCUCCAAGCUCGAUCAAUUAUUUAUUGACGUAACGUUAGAUCCUAUUUUUCCUUUUCUCAUUUUCCGUCAUCUCUGUACCGCAUAAUUAUCACCACGAUUAAUAUAACGAUCACGCACACGGGAUACUCCUCAGGCACAGGAACGUCAUAGCCACAGAUGUCGAACAGUACGCACAUAUACACGCAUAAUGGUUUCACCGCUGGAGAGAUUCAUUCCUUCGUUAACGAUCGUCAUUGAAUGUCAUGUACAAUAUACGUUUAUCGUGCGCGCGAAUUUAGAACACGUACAGAGCGUCGAUCUGAAAUCGUGACUUUGAAUCGUCAAUUUCGCUUCGCAAAAUUUUCCCACGGAACAUCAGGGAAACGAAAGAAUUCUCACUUAUAAAAAAUGCAGGUGUAAAAAAUAAUACAGGAGAAAUUCUGCAUUUUAAACUUCUUAGCAAAAUAAUUAUGUCGAUAAAUGAUGACGGUGUUGCCGACUCGAGAUGCGAUGAGGAUUUCAUGUGGGCGCUCUAUACAUGAUGUCGUCUCCGAUCAUGAAAAAAGAAAUUACCGAGAUGCAUACAGAUAAUUUAUUGGCAAUCCCGCGUAUUUGCGCAAGCGCUAUAGCGAUCCGCGGGAACCCUGAGAGUAUAUUUUUCUAAGCGCUUCGUUUUCUUUCCUUUCGUUUCUGUUUUCUACGGGGUGUAUCGACAAUACCGGUGGUUAAGUUCAAUACAGAGUGGGGGAAGGAGGGCGGGUGGAUAAAAUGUACUAUGAGAGCAUGCACAUAUGGGACCUCAUAUUUAGGCGCGUUCACCAGCACCAGUGUGUAACGCGUUCCGCGGGACAGGCGUAAAUCUCGUUGCGCACAAUCGUACUGUGUACUCGGCUAUCUCGCAUAAGUUAUAUUUUAUUACACAUCGGGACUAUGUGGGGGAGAUACGGACAAGAGAAACGGCCGGUGACGCAUCGUCACGCCGCACCGUUCGAACGAGAGGCGAUACGAUUGCUUUCGCGAAAAAAAA